AUGGGUGAGUGCAACAUAUGUUGGAGUGAGAUAGAGUCCACAGAGGACGCGGCUACUUUGACCUGCGGGUCGUCUGGGGCUGACGAGCAAGAGAGCUGGUGGUUUUGGCAAGAGAGCUGUCCCAAGGUCCAUCGAGCAUGUUUGUCAAAAUACCUUAUGAUCCAAGCAGAGUCAGGCUACUUCCCUGCGACGUGUCCCUUUUGUUUGCGGAAGCUUUCAGUUGUAGAACUUUACGAGCACCUGAGCAAGUCCGAGAAGAAGAUCUGGUUGCAGCAGCAUGACGGGUGGAGAGAGCUGCGGGAAAGUGGGCCGAAUGGACGGCACCCAGACCUUGAAGAAGCAACUCUGAUGCAAGACUUGGGAUGUCGCCGCUGUCCUGGCUGUGGAGCUUGGAUCGAAAAGCAAGCAGGAGGAUGGCUCACAGGCUGUGACAAGAUGACUUGCCGCUGUGGUUGCCGCUUUUGCUUCCAAUGUGGCUCGGUCGAGGCCAACUGUGGCUGCAGCCUGGGACACGACUUCCUGGACAGAGAGAUGGUUCUCUCCAACUACACCCUACUUGAUGGCCUGAGUCUGUGGCCUUUCUCGCUGUUCGAACCUGAACUGGCAGAAGUGGAAGCUGAAACACAGGCUUUGGAAGCGAUGCAAGAACUAUCAGCCCCCACCAGCGAAGGGUUGGAAGGCUUGGCCUCUGCCGAGGAGUGCUUCAACCCUACAGGUUACACAGCUCCUGCAGAUGGAUGCCAGGAAGAAAAUGGGGUGCUUGCCCACGAGAAUGAAUGUUCCGAUGCAGUCCUAUGGGGAGCCUUUUUUCUUUGA